AUGGCAUCGGAGAAGAAGCUCUCGAACCCUAUGAGGGAUAUUAAGGUUCAGAAACUCGUUCUCAACAUCUCCGUUGGUGAAAGUGGUGAUCGUCUCACUCGUGCCUCAAAGGUGUUGGAACAACUCAGUGGUCAAACCCCUGUAUUCUCCAAGGCGAGGUACACUGUGAGGUCUUUUGGUAUUAGGCGUAAUGAGAAGAUUGCUUGCUAUGUUACCGUCAGAGGUGAGAAGGCAAUGCAGCUACUUGAGAGUGGUUUGAAAGUGAAAGAAUACGAGCUUUUGAGGAGGAACUUCAGUGACACUGGCUGCUUUGGGUUCGGUAUCCAGGAGCACAUUGAUCUUGGAAUCAAGUACGAUCCUUCUACUGGUAUUUACGGUAUGGACUUCUAUGUGGUUCUUGAACGCCCGGGAUACCGUGUUGCCCGUCGCCGUAGAUGCAAGACUCGUGUUGGGAUUCAACAUAGAGUUACAAAGGAUGAUGCCAUGAAGUGGUUCCAAGUUAAGUAUGAAGGUGUUAUCCUCAACAAGUCUCAGAACAUCACCGGUUAA